ACGGCCGGGGAGAGGAGCAGCGCCGAGCCCAGCGGAUGUCGGAGCCGGGACCCGGGAUACGGGAGGCAGCGGUCAGAGGUACUUCCAGAUUAGCAGCAAAAUGAAUUCAGAGAGAGACUUGGAAACUACGUUUGAGGAAGACUUUCAGCCAAAUGAUGAGGUGGUUCCUUAUAGUGAUGAUGAAACGGAAGACGAACUGGAAGUAUCAGAGCCAGCUGAGGAACCCGAGCAAAACAGAAUCAACAGGGCAACAGAGGAGACUCGGGAAACACUCAGAAAGGAUUGUAUGUGGCAUGUUAAGGCAAAUGAUCGUGACUUUCAUAUUCAGCCCCAAUAUCUGAAAACGACAUUGUUUUGUUUGAAAGAAAGCAAAUAUGCAAAUAAUGCAAUUAAAACCUACAAGUACAAUGCAAUUACCUUCCUACCAAUGAAUUUGUAUGAGCAGUUUAAGAGAGCUGCCAAUUUCUAUUUCCUGAUUCUUCUCAUUUUACAGUCGAUCCCUCAAAUCACCACACUGGCGUGGUAUACUACACUUGUGCCUUUACUGUUGGUGUUGGGAAUUACAGCAGUCAAAGACCUUGUGGAUGAUGUUGCUCGCCAUAGAAUGGAUAAUGAAAUAAACAACAGAACAUGUGAAGUCAUCAAAGAUGGCAGGUUCAAAAAUGCAAAGUGGAAAGAGAUUCAAGUUGGAGAUGUCAUUCGUCUGAAAAAAAAUGAUUUUAUUCCCGCUGACAUUCUGCUGUUGUCCAGUUCAGAACCGCACAGCCUUUGUUACGUGGAAACUGCUGAAUUAGAUGGGGAAACCAACCUGAAGUUCAAAAUGUCUCUGGAUGUAACAGACAAAUUACUCCAAAGAGAAAACUCCUUGGCAGAAUUUGAUGGUUUUGUGGAAUGUGAAGAACCCAAUAAUCGGCUAGACAAGUUUACAGGAACAUUAACUUGGAGAGGUGAACGUUACCCUUUGGAUGCUGACAAAAUUUUAUUGCGAGGCUGUGUAAUCAGGAAUACAGAUUUCUGUCAUGGAAUGGUCAUUUUUGCAGGAGCGGACACAAAAAUAAUGAAAAACAGUGGAAAAACCAGAUUUAAAAGAACAAAAAUCGAUUACCUGAUGAACUACAUGGUUUACACGAUCUUUGUUCUACUUAUCCUGAUUUCUGCUGGUCUUGCAAUUGGACAUGCUUAUUGGGAAGCACAGAUUGGUAACUAUUCUUGGUAUCUCUAUGACGGAGAGAACUACACACCUUCUUAUCGUGGAUUCUUUAAUUUCUGGGGUUGCAUCAUCGUUCUGAACACCAUGGUGCCCAUUUCACUCUACGUAAGUGUCGAAAUCAUCCGUCUGGGUCAGAGUUACUUUAUAAACUGGGACUUGCAAAUGUACUAUCCUGAGAAGGACACAGGAGCAAAGGCAAGAACGACCACGCUGAAUGAACAACUUGGGCAAAUCCAUUACGUCUUCUCUGACAAGACGGGGACUUUGACCCAAAAUAUCAUGACAUUCAAAAAAUGUUGCAUCAAUGGGCAAAUAUAUGGGGAUCCCAGAGACACAGGCCGACAUAGUCGUGCCAGAAUGGAGCCAGUUGAUCUUAGCUGGAGUACCUAUGCAGAUGGAAAACUUGACUUUUAUGACCAUUACCUGAUCGAACAAAUUCAGGGAGGAAAAGACUCCGAAGUACGACAUUUCUUCUUUCUGCUUGCAGUGUGUCACACUGUCAUGGUGGAUAGGACUGAUGGCCAACUAAACUAUCAGGCUGCCUCUCCUGAUGAAGGUGCUCUGGUAACUGCAGCCAGGAACUUUGGUUUCGCUUUCCUUUCCCGAACUCAGAACACCAUCACAAUAAGUGAGAUGGGAAUUGAAAGGACCUACAAUGUCCUUGCUAUCUUGGACUUUAAUAGUGAGCGAAAGAGAAUGUCUAUAAUUGUAAGAGCCCCAGAAGGCAACAUCAGACUUUACUGUAAAGGUGCUGACACUGUUAUUUAUGAACGGCUACAUCCAAUGAAUCCUACCAAACAGGAAACACAGGAUGCACUAGAUAUCUUUGCAAGUGAGACUCUGAGAACAUUAUGUCUUUGCUACAAAGAUAUUGAUGAUAAUGAAUAUAUGGAAUGGAAUAAAAAGUUUACGGCUGCCAGUUUGGCCCCAGCAAACCGUGAUGAGCUUCUGGAUAAAGUCUAUGAAGAAAUUGAAAAAGAUCUAGUACUACUGGGAGCUACGGCUAUUGAAGACAAGCUACAGGAUGGAGUCCCAGAAACCAUUUCAAAACUUGGAAAAGCAGACAUUAAGAUCUGGGUCCUUACUGGUGACAAAAAAGAAACUGCUGAGAACAUAGGAUUUGCUUGUGAACUUUUGACAGAAGAAACUAGUAUCUGCUAUGGAGAAGAUAUCAAUGCCCUUCUUCAGACCAGGCUUGAAAACCAGAGGAACCGAAGUGGAAUGUGUGCCAAAUUCACACACGCCAAUACAGCAAAUGAACCUUUCUUUCCAUCUGGUGGAAACCGCGCUUUAAUCAUCACAGGUUCCUGGUUGAAUGAAAUUCUGCUAGAGAAGAAGACGAAGAAAAGUAAUAUUCUGAAACUAAAAUUCCCUAGGACAGAAGAGGAAAGGCGAAUGCGGACUCAAAGCAAAAAGAGGCUUGAAAUUAAUAAAGAGCAACAACAAAAGAACUUUGUUGACUUGGCGUGCGAGUGCAAUGCAGUGAUCUGCUGCCGUGUAACACCUAAACAGAAGGCCAUGGUGGUUGACUUAGUUAGGAAAUAUAAGAAAGCUAUAACACUGGCUAUCGGAGAUGGUGCCAAUGACGUAAAUAUGAUUAAAACUGCCCAUAUCGGUGUUGGGAUAAGUGGACAAGAAGGAAUGCAAGCUGUCAUGUCUAGUGACUAUUCUAUUGCUCAGUUCAGAUACUUACAAAGAUUAUUGCUGGUCCAUGGUCGCUGGUCUUACAUAAGAAUGUGCAAAUUCCUAAGAUACUUUUUCUACAAAAACUUUGCAUUCACUUUAGUUCACUUCUGGUACUCAUUCUUCAAUGGAUUUUCUGCUCAGACUGCUUACGAAGACUGGCUCAUCACCCUCUACAAUGUGCUGUAUUCCAGCCUUCCUGUCCUCCUCGUUGGCUUGCUUGACCAGGAUGUGAGUGACAAACUCAGCCUUCGCUUUCCCAGCUUGUACAUUGUUGGACAGAGAGACUUACUGUUCAACUACAAGAAAUUCUUCAUCAGCUUGUUCCAUGGGAUUUUAACAUCGAUGAUCCUGUUCUUCAUACCGUAUGGGGCUUAUCUACAGACCAUGGGCCAAGACGGAGAGGCACCUUCGGAUUACCAGUCAUUUGCUGUUACAGUAGCCUCUGCUCUUAUAAUAACGGUCAAUUUUCAGAUUGGCUUGGAUACCUCUUACUGGACUUUCGUGAAUGCUUUUUCAAUUUUCGGAAGCAUUGCCCUCUAUUUUGGCAUCAUGUUUGACUUUCACAGUGCCGGGAUACAUGUGCUCUUCCCGUCAGCCUUUCAGUUCACGGGUACUGCUCCGAAUGCUCUACGGCAGCCGUAUCUUUGGUUGACGAUCAUUUUAACGGUGGCCGUGUGUUUGCUUCCCAUCAUUGCGUUACGUUUCAUAACGAUGACAAUCUGGCCAUCAGAAAGUGAUAAAAUUCAGAAGAACCGUAAGAGAUACAAGGCUGAAGAACAGUGGAAGCGGAGGCAGAGCGUGUUCCGCCGAGGUGCCUCUGCUCGGCGCUCUGCUUAUGCUUUCUCCCACCAGCGGGGAUAUGCGGACCUCAUCUCCUCAGGACGCAGCAUCCGCAAAAAGCGAUCUCCUCUGGAUUCAGUCCUGGGAGAAGCAGCACAGUUUGAAGGACCUGCGCUAUUUAGAAAGAUUGAUAUAAGCUGAUGAAUUUUUCUCGGGAAAACCGCUCUCCAGAAAAACUCACUGCACAGAGAAAACGCGUAUUUUUUUAAUAAAGGACUCAGGACUUUUUAAGAAUUGAAUCUGACAAGAGGACGUUCACGUCGGUAAUGCUUACCAAGCAAAAUUGCUCAGUUGGGAGUACUAGGAAUUAGAAAAGUCAAGUGUGUUUCUUUAAAAUAUAUCCCACCACUCAACCAUUUGUGCCCAGCAAAACUGAAGAUUAUUGGAGGUAUUUGAAAGCAAAGUUUUUUCUCAAUCCAAACAGAUGGCGGUGUGAUACUUGAAACAGCAGGACUGGACAUUUUAGAGCUUUUAAAAUUCAGAUAUAAAAUAAAAUUGAAAUUGAACUUUCCUGCCUCAGAUCAUCAUAAUGAGCAGUUUAGUUGGUAGGUUUACUUACCUAUGGGCCCAUCUGUGGAAGGCAAUUUUGUAUUCAGGAUGGAAUGACAAAUGGACAGUUAGUCAUAUAUUCUUCAUCUGGGAAAUGUGGAAUCUGGUAGUCUUUGCAGGACCGACAGACUAUGUAGCUUUGUGCUUUCCUAAUUUUGAGUUAUUUGGUUUAACAAAUGAUGCAAUCUAGGAAAAGUGUUUUGUGUACGGUAGAUCUGUGAUUUCACUCUGUUUCUGUUUACUUUAGGGUUACUGAAGCACAUUGUACUUUUUCCUCUCGACACAGUUUUUGAAAGUUUGUGACGAUCACAGUGACUUUACCUUUUUAUUUUUAAACAUCUUUUAUGUUUAUUAAAAAACAUCUUAAACGGGUUUCUGAAACUGGUCGUCAAAAUAUGGAAAUCACUGAUGAAUCACCUUAAUAUUUUGCAAAGCUUUCUUUUGAAAAGCAAUUGUUUUUUGCCUGUCUAAAUGUAAAAUAUUUUUUUAUGAUGGAACUGGUUGACCAGAGACAUCACUGUUCUUUUCUUGGAUAUGUCUAAAAUGUCUUCAGAAAAAGAACCCUGUGACCGAGAACAUUCUGGGUACAGACAACUGUUGUUAAUUUUGGGACAGUUGCAUUUAUUUCCCCAAAGUCUUGUUUUUUACACAGUUCCUUAUCCACUUUUUUUCCAAUUCUAGUGAGGAUUUGAAAAUGUUUCAAAAAAUGGUUCCAUUACCGUUUUAAUACACGAUUGGGUAUUUGAAAUUUCCUCUCCUUCAGUUUUUAAUUCCUUGAGGAAUUUACAGAAUGUAUCUAGUUAAUCCUCCAGGUGUGACAAGAGAAUGUAUGGUUUAUCAGUUUAUGGAAAUAAAUUCAAGAAAGUUUACAAAUUUUAUUUUAAUAUGUGAAUAGAAAGGAAUGUAAAUUAAUUUUUUAACCAAGGUAAACUAGAUUUAUAAUUCUGUUAAACUUCAGAUUUUCUCUCCAGUCUAGAGAGAGCUCUGGAAUAUGAGAAAAGUUGAUGAUGCAUAUGUGUCAAAGAUUUAUAUUGUUGGGUGCAAUAUUAACAAUUUUAAUAUGCAAAGUACAGUUGAUAAAUUAUUCUGAUUUACUGUAAAUCUGAGAUUUAAUAUGUAAAUAUUUUGUUUAAAAAGUAAUAAAUUCUUUAGUAAAAUAUCA